GAGAGAGAGAGAGAGAGAGAGAGAGGGAGAGAGAGAGAGAGUGUUUAUUAGAGUUCACCAGUUCACCUCAGCUCACACUGAGCCACAGCUACAGGAUAUUCUGGAAAACUUCGGAAAACUCCUGAAAACUCUGGAAAACUAAAAGAGCUCUAAAAACAACAGACACACCAGACAAAUUGGACAGUAGCUGAAAAUCUUUUCUCGCCCAGCAUUCCAGAAAGACCAGCCUGGACCUUCACCCUCACCCUCAGCAUCUUCUCCGUUGCAGUAGUCCAAAGAUCCUGCUGUUGUGAACAGGUCAUGGUUGGAGAGGUCAGGAGGUCAGGAUGAUUUCUCAUUACCCGUUGGCCUCACUGCUGCCCUGGCCUCCUCUGCCCCUCUGCUUGGAGCUGGACCGUGAUGGAGGAGGAGUGGCCCUGCAGAGAUACCAGCCACGAUCCCCGGAGAGCAGCACACGACACUGGAGUUCAGUGCAGGACUGGGGGGAGGAGGUGGAGGAGGGGGCCGUCUACAGCGUCACGCUCAAGAGGGUCCAGAUCCAACAGGCCGCCAACAAAGGAGCGCGAUGGCUCGGGGCGGAGGGUGACCGUUUGCCCCCAGGUCAUACGGUCAGCCAGUUAGAGACGUGUAAAAUCCGGAGUAUCCGCGCAGGAACACUGGAGCGGCUUGUGGAGACGCUGCUGACGGCGUUCGGAGAUAAUGACCUCACCUACACCAGCAUCUUCCUGUCCACAUACCGGGCUUUCGCCGGCACUCAGAGCGUCCUGCAGCUCCUGCUGGACAAGUACGGGAACAUGGAAGACUGCAACGGGGAAAGCGAUCAGCACCACUCUGGAGAAAGCAGAGGAGCCGUGAGAAAUGCGUUAGCGUCCAUCCUGCGAGCGUGGCUGGAUCAGUGUCCAGAGGAUUUCCAGGAGCCGCCAUCGUACCCCAGUCUGAGCAGGGUGUUAGGCUUCCUGCAGAAGGCCAUGCCCAGCUCAGAGCCCACGCGCCGGGCACAGAGCCUGCUGGAGCAGCUGCAGAGCCAGGCUGGCCUGGAGAGUGACACAGAGGGAGGUUUCCAUGGUAACAGCCCCUUCUGCCUGGGAGAGGAUGAGGAGGUGGAGAUCGAGGUGCAGGAGGACUUCUUGUCCUUCAGUGCCGACCUGGUGGCAGAACAACUCACUUACAUGGAUGCGCUGCUGUUUAAGAAGGUGGUCCCUCACCACUGUUUGGGCUCCGUGUGGUCCCAGCGGGACAAAAAGGAGAACAAGCAGGCCGCGCCCACCGUUCGCGCCACCAUAACCCAGUUCAAUGCCGUGGCUGGCUGCGUGGUCAGCACUGUCCUCCACCAGCGUCACCUACGGCCACACCUGCGUGCACGCAUCAUCCAGCGCUGGAUUGACGUGGCACAGGAGUGCAGGAUCCGUAAGAACUUCUCCUCUCUCAAAGCCAUCGUCUCUGCCUUGCAGUCCAACCCCAUCUACAGGCUGAAGAGAGCCUGGGCCUGUGUACACAAAGACAGCAUGCAAAUGUUUGAGGAGCUCUCAGACAUUUUCUCUGACCACAACAACUACCUGACCAGCCGAGAGCUGCUGAUGAGGGAGGGUACGUCAAAGUUUGCCAGUCUGGAGAACUGUGCCAAAGAGCACCAGAAGCGCUCCCAGAAGAGACUGCAGCUGCAGAAAGAGGCGGGAGCCAUGCAAGGGACGAUUCCCUACCUUGGCACAUUUCUGACCGACCUGACCAUGCUGGACACGGCACUGCCUGACCUGGUGGAGGGUGGUCUUAUCAACUUUGAGAAGAGGAGGAGGGAGUUUGAGGUGAUUGCGCAGAUCAAGCUCUUGCAGUCUGCCUGUAACAGUUACUGCCUCAGCCCUGACCCAGCUUUCCUGCGCUGGUUUAAGAACCAACCCCAACACACCGAGGAAGAGAGCUAUUCUCUGUCCUGUGAGAUCGAAGGUCUGGGAGACAGCAGUCCCACAUCACCCAAAUCUCGCACCAGCAUGGUGAAGAGACUGAGUCUGCUUUUCUUGGGAAACGAUUCCUCAGCCACAAGCUCCCCAGUCAGGGAAACACCCAGGUCGCCCCCCACUUGCAGCUCAGGGGAGAGCAUGGACUCAGUCAGUGUGUCCUCCAGUGACUCAAGCCCAUCGGACAACGAGAGCAUGAUGGCCACACACAAUCUCCACACACAAAUGAAGAAGAUGUCCGAGUCUUCCUCCUGUACGUCUCUCCACUCCAUGGACACCUCCUCGUCCUCAGCAAGCGGUCCAGGAUCUCUUGCCUCUCCUACACUUCCGGGCUCUGCCCUCUGCAUUCAUCGCCGCUGUGCCUCGCUCACCCCACUAUCCCCGACCUCCCCCAGCUCACCGUGCCUGUCCCCUGCGUACAACACCCAGGCCCAUGACGCCUGCAUCAUCAGAGUCAGCCUGGAGCAGGGCAAUGGAAACCUCUACAAGAGCAUAAUGCUGACAAACCAGGACAAAACCCCUGCAGUGAUCAGCAGGGCCAUGGCUAAGCACAACCUGGAGGAGGAGCAGCCAGAGGCCUAUGAGCUCGUUCAAGUCAUCUCAGAAGAGAGAGAGCUGGUGAUCCCGGACAACGCCAACGUCUUCUACGCCAUGAACACCUCCGCCAACUUUGACUUCGUGCUCCGCGUCCGCGGUUCCGAAGGACGGCCGGUCCAGCUGCGCUCUCGCUGCAGCUCCACGCUCCCGCGCGCACAGCAUCGUGCUAGUCUGUCCCUCAGGCUCAGCAAGGUCACUCUGUGACCUCUGUCCCCAGGCCAGUGUUAGCGGGGCACUUAUCUGUGGCAAGACUGGAGCAAUGCCUGUGGAGUCUGUGGGACUGUAGUGCUCUCCAAACGACUAUUCCUGACUCUCUGCUUGACGCGUGAAUGUUUUCCAUUCCGUUAUUUGUCACAUGACCCUUCAUUCACAGGCUGGGCCUUCAGUCUGGUUGCCUUGUGCUGCUCCUGGCCGGAGAGGUAAUCUGGGUAUUGGAGUUUUUCGUACCCUCAACCCAAAGAGACAGUGGACUCUCUCUUACCAAUAGGCCCUCUGAGGCAGGAUAUGUAGGAAAAUUAUUCCAGUGCUUUGUCAGUAUUGAGCUCUUUUACUGAGCUUCUGUCUGAGCGACAGAGUUCAUCCUAUUGCCUUCAUCAAUGAUGGGACUGUUGCACCAGUAUCGGUGGGAACUGUGGUGUCAUCAUCGCCUCUGUGUCUUUUUCAUGUCCCCGUGUGCACUGUGUGGACAGCGUGGACAAGCAGCCUUGUGAUUAGAAGGCUGAAGUGUGGCUUAUACUGCCCCCUGCUGCCUCUCUAAGUCAACGUCUGUGUCUCUCAUAUUGUGAGCUGUGUGACGAAUGCAGGAGAAGAGCAUUCUGAUUGGCUUUAACAAGUCUGUGGAUGUUAUUUCUUUGCUGGGUGGUUCUGAGCAUGUGGUCAUACCGAUAGGAAGGCUCUCCACUCCCGAAUCUGGGCUGAGCUGAGCUCUGAUUGGUUGCACUUGCUAAAAGGUGGAGUGGGGUUAUAAAGUAAGAAGAAAAGAAAUGGAAAGGAAAAGAAAGCAAAGCAAUGCAGUCUUCCACUCCUUAGGCACAAUAAGAAUUGUGUACUUAGAUUUUUUUUAUGUAUGUUUUGUAAGACGGAAAAAAAAAUAUCUGUAAAAAUGUUAUUGAGAGAAAGAUUUGUUUUUUUUAUUGAUUUAUAACUGAAAUAGUGCUAGAAAAGGUAAAAAAAAACUGUGAAGCAAUGAAGGUGUCUGUAUAACUACAGGUGAUAUUAGCUUAAACCCUGCUGCACAACAUUGACAUAACCAUGCCAUCAGUAUGUCAUGAGAGUGUAAUAUGUUGUCAUGACGGAUUAGGUCCAGCAUGUCACCAUGACUGGCAAUAGUCAUGACAGCUACAUAAGAGUAUCAGCAUUUCACAUAAGCUGUCAUGGCACUGAACGUUAUGGCAUUUGUCAUUACAGUUGGUAGGAAUGACAACAAAUGACAUCUGCCAUGACGUGUUUAUGGCACAGGUAUGUCAGUGUUAUGUAGCAGGAUUGAUAUUCAAAUCACACAGGGUGUCUCCUCUGUUCUCUAUGUCAACUGUCUUCUGUCAUGUCCUUUAGGAUCUCUGGCUCCAUGUUUUUGCUUGACCCUGGCUUCAAAUAUCCUUGAGGCAGGUAAUCGUGAUGUAUGUGACCACAACACCAGUAAGGGGUUAUAUAGUAAUAAUAAUAAUAAUAAUAAUAAUAAUAAUAAUAAUAAUAAUAAUAUGGCACCUAAGGAUAGCACAGUAUAUCUGGUUCAGGUGUGAAGCUAAAACAGAACAAAAACAAGGACUGGGCUCAAGAUCCUAAAGGACUGGAUAGGAAUACUGUGUCCUACAUAUUUGUACAGAUGUCACUCAUUCUUGUAAUUCCCAAAAUGAUGUUCACACUAACCUUCGCAUGUAUGCACUAAGCCAACUAUCACCACAGCCUUUAUUAUGAAGUGGUCUCCCCCCCCCACCGAUGGCAUUCCCUCCCCCCCACCGAUUGGUUUUAAACCUCUCUAAAGCCGUGGCGUUCACACCCAGCCUCUUUGCAGUUUGUUUCCCUUGCUUUUAAACCGUUCCACUUGUGUUUCGAGUUGUUGGAGGUGUUUAAGAGUGGAACAACACUAGAUUGUGCACUACAGUUUAUAGGGGCUGGGAACAGAAUAGCAUAGCUAACAAAGACUUGGGGAGCCUAGAUCUCUGAGUCGUAUCCAUUAUAAAAAAGCUUCAGUGAAAGCGAGGCCUACAGCUUCUGCUAAAGCUCUACGCCUUUUCAUUUUGUUGUUGUACCUCGUCUGUGCUACCGCUGACCUGCAUUCCUCAUUCAUUCAGAAUCCUUAUCUUGCAUGUGCCAUAUGUACUUUCAAGCAACCUUCUAGUCUCUUGGCAGGAUCGCGGAGCUCUCCCAGAGUCUCAGUGGCCCUAACGUGUUGACACGGAGGCCAGUGGGCUUCAUUUUAAAGUAGCGGGUCAGGCAGUGGUAGCUGGUUCAUAUGUCUUAAAUUCAAUUGCAGCACUUGUGAAUUUUUCUCAGUUUCUUAUUUUGAGUAUUUCUUCAUUGCCAAAGAAUUCUCUAUCUAUCAGAGUUAGCAAAUAAAUUAUCAUUAUGACGAUGAAAUGUUUUUUUUGUAAUUGAAUAUUAAUUUUCCUGAAUUAAACUGAAGUGUCUGAAAA